GUCUUAAUCACUUAACGGCUUUAAAUACAAGUGUGUUUUGUGUUUUGUUUCAAUUCAAGCGUCUGUUGAAAUCGAAAGUAGAACGGAACAAAGCUUGGAGUAGGAGUUGGAAAUCUUUGCAGUAUGUCAUCUUCCGAGAAAUCAAAAGAAAAGAUACCUGGGACUGGAGAUGAAGAGAAUGCCAGGAAUAAAUUUGAUGGAGAUGCUACUAGCCACAGUGAGGACAAAGCAGAGACGUCUUCAUCAAACACAGACAGUGACCUGAGUCACAUGUUGGAGAGCAAAUUGAAAGUGGAGGAGAAGGUGCAGGAAGACAGCCUGCUGGAUGAGGUGACCUUUGAGGGAAUAGCGCGCUACAUACUGAGCGAUAGGUGCAAGAACAUUGUGACCAUGGCGGGUGCUGGCAUAUCCACAUCUGCUGGAAUUCCUGAUUUCCGGUCGCCAGGUACCGGUCUCUAUGACAAUCUGGAGAAAUACAAUCUUCCUGAACCUCACGCUGUCUUUGAUAUUAGCUACUUCAAGACCAACCCAGAGCCUUUCUUUGUCCUUUGUAAGGAUCUCUAUCCAAAACAAGCCUUCAAACCAACACCCUGCCAUUACUUCAUAAAACUGUUGGAAAAGAAGAACAAACUGCUUACUCAUUUUACACAGAACAUCGACACACUUGAGCGAGUCUCGGGGUUAAGUGACGGGAAAGUUGUUGAGGCCCACGGUUCAUUCAACACUGGCCACUGUCGCAAGUGCAACGCACAAUAUGAGCAAGAAUGGAUGAGAGAGCGUAUUUUCAGUGAAGAUGUUGUCCCUCGAUGUACACAGAAAGAUUGUGAUGGAAUUGUGAAGCCAGACAUUGUUUUCUUUGGGGAGAGCUUGCCAGACAAGUUUAGAAUGCAUAUCAAGGACAUGGAAGAGUGUGACCUACUCAUCAUCCUGGGGACUUCACUCGUGGUUCAACCGUUUGCCUCCCUGACCGGCAGAACCAGAAAAAACGUUCCAAGACUGUACAUAAACAUGGAGAGGACUAAAGGCGGUGGUGGCGACUUUUUUUCCAUGCUAUUUGGAGGAGGGAGCAAUUUUGACUUUGAUAAUCCAGACAACAUAAGGGAUGUAUUCUGGCAAGGCAAGUGUGACGAAGGAUGCCAGGCCCUUGCAGAUCUGCUUGGAUGGGGAGAGGAGUUGAAGACGCUGGUUUGUGAAGAGCAUGCUAGGCUAGAGCUGGAGAUGAAGGCUACAGCAUCCACCCAGCCCAAGGCGAAGGUGUGAAAACAGUCUGCAUAAUAAACGAUGGUCUCUGUCCACAGUUGGAGGUACUUACUGAUCCUUAACCGGUGUUAACCUCACCUGAGCAUGACAUGCACCAUCUCCAUAUCUCUGUGUCUGCUACAGAUAUUCAAUUGUUAAAUUGAAAUUUAAGGCAUGUUUAAGGGUUUAUUGUGCAGGUCGCUUGCAGAAUUUUUACCUGCAAUUUAGCAGAAUUAUGCCCCAUUUGUUAUGCCUCACCCCCAUUAUGAGAGGAAUUAAGAAUUGCACUUGUCCAUCUGUCCGUAUGUCUGCUUAUGUUUUGAAAUUCUCUUUAUUUACUGGAUGCUUCUUACUCAAUUUUUCAUAGUUGAAUGACCUUAAUGUGUAGAUGAUCGUAAUGGAAUGAAUUUUGGAUGGAAUUUGUUUUGGCAGAAUUAUGACCUUUUUUAUGUUUCCCACUAUAGAAUUUAUAGUUGUCUGAAGCCUGUGUUUUCAACUCCUUUAUAACUACUAGGUGGAUUUGGCUCAAACUUUUGCAGAUGUGAAGAUGAUGUUAAUAAAAUGAAUUUGUUUACUGAAUUAUGGGCCUAUUUCUGUCGCUUUUUUACUAUGGACUAUGUAAUAUCCAAAGUUUAUGUUUUCAACUUGUUUUCAAUUCUUCGUUUAUAACUGACUUGGAUCUUGCUGAAACUUUCACAUUUUAAUACUCUCAAUGUAUGUGAUCAACCAAGAAGAAAGGAAUUCUGGCUGCAAAGUUUUUGGCAGAAAAAUUGCCUCUUUUGUAUUUCCACUAUAGAAUAUUCAGUCCCCUUAUGUUUUCUAUUUCUCUUUACUUAUUGUCUGGAUCUUGUUGAAAAUAUUUUGCAAUUGAAUGACCUGAAUGGGAAGAUGAUCUUAAAGAAAAAAUUAUGGUCCUUCGUCUGUUGUAUACUAUGGAAUAUAUUGUACCAAAAUUUGGUGUUUUCAAAUCCCCUUUAACUACAGACCGAUUCUUGCUCAAACGUUCACUGUUUAACAUGAUUUACAUUUACGUGUAUGUGACCAUAAAGACUUUUGACUAUGUCUAGUUUUGACCUUUUUUUCUUAUGUUCAAUUGUAGAAUAAAUAGGUGAUAUGUCUUUGUCUAAACAUGUGAUGUGGGGGCAUUAGUGUCUGAGACACAUGUCUGUUUAUUUCUUCUUUCAUUAUUUUGUUUCAAGAGUAGACAUAAUUAUGCAAACAAAACAUUUGUAAUACAUUUCUUUUAACUAAGCACUUCUUCUGAAAAUCUUUCUAUUGGUUACCUUGGCAAUGACCAUGACCUUAGUCAAGAAUACUCUUUUGUUAAUGACCAAAUGUUCAACUAUUUCCAAUUAAUUUAAUUAUAUUGUAUUUGUAUAAAGAAAUGGAAUAUAUAUUAACAAUAUUACCAAUACCCUUGCCUACUUGUACUAUUAAACACUUGUAUAUGUUGCAGUUAUUUUCUUGAGAAUUUAUAUUAAAUAAAUAAUAUUUUAUAUAUGUGUUUAUCAGACGAUAAACAACAAUAUUAUGUUUGGAGGUGUAUGAGUCGCAUUCUUGGAAAACUGGCUUAAUGCAUGUGCAUACAGGGUCAUCCAGGAUUCGCCGGGGCACAUUAAUGAAGCCUGGUUUUCUGAAAGCGAGGUUCUUAUGUAUGAACACCCACACAUUAGUGUGACAAAGAGUGGUUUAUCUAAUUAAUACAGGUAAUGAAGUAUAAGCAGAGUAUGCACGCUGCUUUAUUGUAUACCGGUAAUCUGCCCAUUACAAGGACUGCCAGUUGGGUUGAUUAUUACAUAGUUAAACAGGUACAUUUUUGUUGUUUGUCACCAAAAAUCACUGAGAAUCAUGUUAUAAUUGAUGACAGUUUUCAUAAAGUUUACUCAGUAUUCAUUAAACUUCUUGUUUGCUUUUAAUAUUGAUGCAUGUACACUUUGGAUAGCUAUUACUCUAGAUACUUAAAUUAUUUUGAUUUGUGUUACACUUAGUGAUUUGGUGAUUUACAGCCUACAUCUCUUUUGCUUACAAUACUUACCACCUUAACUGGAUUUUUGCUAAAAGACUUCCUUCAAACAAAAAAAAACAUAAAAAGCUGAGUGUUGUCUCCAAUCAGCCUGUGCAGGCUAAUCAGUUUUCCCAGAACGAGGCCAAAAAACAAUAAUUUUAAAUUUGAUGAUAUAUUAUUUGUAAUUAGUGUGUACAUGUAGCCACAAAAACAUGUUGAUACAAUAGUUAGAGAUAGUUAGAGAUGUGAACAAAUGUAUUUUGUAUCUACUAUUUGUGUCUUUCUAAUUUUCAAAAAGUACUGUCUUCAUACAUUAUUUUUUUUUAUGAAAUAUAGUUCAAACAUGAUACAAAUAUGUGCAAUUUUUGUAUUUAAAAUAUGACAUUCUGUUCUUGAACUCAUCAGUUUGUGUUAAUUAUUCAUACAGUAAAUUAUCUGUUUAAGGUACGUGUUUCCAGGAGAUAAAAUGAGCAAGCUACUUCAUUAGAAGAUUAAUAAUGAUAUUUACUUACCAAAUGUUAACAUGUGUUUAGUUAUUAACAUCAAAUUGCAUAUUCCAUAUACUAUUUUACAAUUUCUUUAGAUGUGUUUACCUGACUGUAAAAAAAUAUAGUUUUGUAUGUAAAUUUAACAUGACCUUUCGUUUUUUUCAACAUAAUUGCUGCUGUGCUAACAAAGUAGGGGUAAAUCUAAAGAAAUUAUUUACAGCAAAUAGUUAACUUAGUAAUUUGAUUGUUUGAACCUGCUCCACAAACACAUUUGUCGUUUACAAGGAAAAUUCUACUUCAACCAAUUUUAAAGGGCCAUGUAUUAUUUUGCAUAACAUUAUUUCCAUUGAUUUUUAUACCCCCAUGGAGUGGGUGUCAUUGAGCAACGUACAUUUCUGUCUUUCUUCUGAAAUAAAUUGUCAAAAAAAAAGAUCAUUAUAUAAAAACCAUAUGUCACAUGCAAAGCCAGGUUGUGUACUUAAAAGUCAUGGUCACAGUUGAAACAAAGCUAAAACAAAUUGUUGAUAUUUAUUACUUUAAUGAAUUCAUGUGUGCAAUAAAGACUUGAUUUGAUUUUCACUAUCAAGAUUGUCAUAAGUUACUGUGUUAAUGGCUGUUGUAGUAUUUAAGGGAAUCAGAAGAAAUAUAGGCACACUUUUUCCUUCUUUUCUGAUAGAACAUUUAUUUUAAUGACUGUAUUAUAGUUUUAUCAUUAUAGAACUGUACUUUGUUUGAUAUAUAUUAAUGUUUUUAUUAUAGUUUUAUCAUCAUAGACAAUAAGCUGUGAUUAGUUUCAUAUGUUAAUGUUUGUAUUAUAAAUUUAUCAUAAUAGACAAUAAACUGUGAUUUGUUU